AUGGCGACAGCACAAGAAACCACGCAGGGCAAGAGCGCCAGCGGCGUGCCGCACCUGUCGCAGGCGCACGGAAUCCCGUUCCCCAAGUACUUCGCAGCACUAGCAGCGACGUACAAUGCGCAGACGGGCAACACGACGCGCAGCCUGUUCGCAGCCGCGCUGGACGACAUCACCGCCCAGGUGCCGCUCACAUCAACAUCGCGGGUGCACGAAAACGCGGCAAGCCCGGGCACGGCGGCGUCGGUGCUAGUUGACCGGCUUACCCCGGAUUCUCUGCCCAAUAUUCUCGUGACAGACUGGGUGGCGGCCAUGGUCUCGGCCGCGCGCGAGUCGUUCGCGCACGUGCCUUCGGUAACCGCGGCCGAGAUGGACAAUGUGAAGGCAGGCAUAAACGAGACAUCUAUCUUCGCGAUAUCGAACCCGCUGCGGUGCGUGCGCGAGGUGCGGCGGACGCUGGCGGGCGGCGGCGGCGUCGCGGCGCUGCUGACCUGUUGCCGCUUUGGUGCGGGCGAGAUUGUGCGCGCAACGCAGGCGCUCGUGCGGCCAGACUUGCCGCCAAUGGCGUAUCCGCAUCCAGAGUUCUGGCAGCCCGGCGUUCUAGCGGCGUUGGCGGUCGAGGCCGGGUUUAACGAUGCAAACGUCACGGUGCUAGAGAAGAGCGUCGUGGUCGGGCCCCGGCCGCAGCUGGACGGCCUGCGCGGGUUCUGGGCGAGCGACUUUGUCAAGACCGCCAGAGUUGGCUGGACUGAUGAAGAAGUGGCCCGGUGGCCGGCGGCCGUCAAGCAGGCCGUCUGGGCCGAGAUUGACGCUCGCGGCGGUGUCUUGUUUCAGGCGUAUGUGGUGUUGGCGAGGACGUGAACGAGACGGCAUCUUAUACGGGAAACGAAGAGGACGAUAAUUAGACAGUAGAGUAGACUAUUAGGUUUAGCUAGAAAUUGAAUACACUUUCAUUCUUC